AUACAACAGUUUCGUUCAUUCUCUCAAAACCCUCUCUUUUCAAAGCUCUUCUGCAAAUCCUUGGUUUCUUCAAUGGCAAUGGCUUGGGCUUCCUCUUUGAUUCUUCUUUUUCUUCUCUUUACAUUCUCAGAAGCUAAUGGGAGAGAGAUCUUGGUUGGUGGCAAGUCUGAUUCGUGGAAAAUUCCAUCCUCUGCAGCUGAAGCUCUGAAUCACUGGGCUGAAGCAACUCGUUUCAAGAUCGGAGAUUCUCUCAUUUGGAAUUAUGAUCCUAAGCAGGAUUCAGUGGUGGAAGUGGAUCAAGAGAAUUACGAUCGAUGCAAUACAUCGAAUUCGAUCGCAGAGUACAAAGAUGGGAACACGAAAGUGAAGCUGAAUCGAUCUGGGCCGUUCUAUUUUAUCAGUGGAGCACAGGGGAAUUGCCAGAAGGGCGAGAAAUUGAUUGUGGUGGUGCUGUCUCCGAACCAUGAUAAGCCCAAGAAAUCUCCCCCAUCGCCAUCUCCGGGUCCGGUAUGGUCCGAUACUCCAGUGCCUUCUCCGAUGGGAUUUCAUACACCGGCACCUGCGCCGGAAAAGAGUGGUGGUGCCGGUGGUUUUAGUGGUGGAGUAGUUGCUGCUUUGAUGGUAUUUGGGAGUUUGGUGGGAAUGGCUUUAUUCUUCUGAGGGUUUUCCCUUCUUGUAUGUGAGAACAAAUUUAUUAAUAGGA